AUGCGCUGGUGAUUUGCACGUCCAGGAAAGCCUGUUAUUCAAGUUGAUCAACGCAGUGCGGGAUGAAUGACCGGUGGAAUUUGUGUUUAGUUUCAUUCUGAAAAGUCUGAUUCUUCUCUAAUGAACCUCGUCGAACAACUCCAGCAGCAGGCUGUUUGACUUGUCGUGUUGGCCAGAGCUCUCCGAUGGACCGGAAGAAAGCAAACACAGCCGAGUGCUUCUGAGAUUCGAAUACGAGAUUAUGCAGCCCGCCGCUUGGAUUCGGCAUUUCGGAUGCGCGCCCUUGAAAGCAAACUACCUGACGUUGGAGCUGUUGGCUUGCCUUGCAGCAAACAUGCGAUCCGAAGCACCACCAUGUCAGUAACCGGUGUUGUUCACAAUGUAUUCCGCUGCAUGCAGAGCAAACCUGGACUCAAAUGCCUUACGGCGUGCCGCAGCUCGUGCCACGCUAGCAUGUGCAAGUCCAUGUGCUUUACCCUCAACCAGCUCCCCCUGUUGGGGUGUUCAGUUCAACGGGGAUACUAUACUUUAAAAAGACGAGUGAUAAAUGUCUCUGUGUUAUGCGCUAUUUAAGAUUUGUGAUUGGCCUGGUGUAGCGCAGCGCCUAUGUUUGCCGUUGCAGCCAAGUAACGAUACAACGUCACUGGGCAUGUGGCUCUUAAAUAGACGGUGAUCGCCACCUGCAGUCUGUCCAGAGCUAGCUUUCGCGCGCCGUAAAUUCCAUAUACCAAACGCUCUGUCCUUCUACUGGAAAAUCGAUCUCCUCAUUCAUCGACACAAUGAAGACCGCCACUUUCCUGUCAACGAUCAUGCCGCUCGGCUCUCUGGCGACACCUUUCUACUUGUUUAAGCCAGUGCUCGCUGAAGAGCGAAUGGCGGCAACUCAGGAUGGAUGCGUUUUCCCUGCUCAGUAUACCAUCAGUAAUCUUAUUGGAACCUCCAACGACACAAACAAGCCAACCAUGUCUGCCUUUACCUUCGACUUUGGCGAUGUUGAGACAAAGACAACUGCAAAGUGUACCUUCAACGACAAGUCCGUCAACGUGGCCCCCAACGGCGGCGUCCCAAGAUACGCCUGUGAAAAUCCAAACAUUGAAUUCAUCUAUGAUAUUGAUGCCACCAAACUUUGGCUCAUUGAGAGACUUUGUCCUGGGUCAGACGGCAAACCGCAAUGGGAGGUCUCUGGAAGCUUUAUAAUGCCUCUCAACUGUGUUCUCAACUGUCAUUGUCAGACGGAAGCCGCCGAAUAUAAUGUUACAUAUAAUAGCUUGAACCCUAUCCGCAACUAAGGAGGACUGUGGAGGAUCAGCUGGUGGUGUUUUACCAUCGCCACUGCUGGAGAUAUUAUCUAACGACUUCGUAUUUCGUACGGUUAUAUGAGACAGAUCUGUAUUAUUAUAUUAAAUGAGAUUUAUUUUCUUUUGUAACUAAUUCCUUUGCCUAUUUCUUUUUUUAUGGAGUUUCCCGAUGUAUUAUAGACC